CGGGUCCGGCCGUCGCGGGCUUACGCCGAGUGCGCCCUGCCCGCCCUCUCCGCGGCGCCCCGGCCCCCGUGCGCCGCCGCGGCCCAUGGGGAGAGUCGGCCGGGCAGGCCGGCAUUAAACUGGAAAGAUGUCCCUGUAUGAUGACCUGGGAGUAGAGACCAGUGAUUCAAAAACAGAAGGCUGGUCCAAAAACUUCAAACUUCUGCAGUCCCAGCUUCAGGUGAAGAAGGCGGCCCUCACACAAGCCAAGAGCCAGAGAACAAAACAGAGUACUGUCCUCGCCCCGGUGAUCGACCUAAAGCGUGGUGGCUCUUCAGACGACCGGCAGAUCGUGGACACCCCCCCGCACGUGGCGGCUGGCCUGAAGGAUCCUGUUCCCAGUGGAUUUUCUGCAGGAGAAGUUUUGAUUCCUUUAGCUGAUGAAUAUGAUCCUAUGUUUCCUAAUGAUUACGAGAAAGUGGUAAAGCGCCAAAGAGAAGAACGGCAGAGACAGCGGGAGCUGGAAAGACAAAAAGAAAUAGAAGAGAGAGAAAAGAGGCGUAAGGACAGACAUGAAGCUAGUGGGUUUUCGAGGCGACCAGAUCCAGAUUCUGAUGAAGACGAAGAUUAUGAGCGAGAGAGGAGGAAAAGAAGUAUGGGCGGAGCGGCCAUUGCACCACCCACUUCUCUUGUAGAGAAGGACAAAGAGUUACCCCGAGAUUUCCCUUACGAAGAGGACUCAAGACCUCGCUCCCAGUCUUCCAAAGCUGCUAUCCCUCCCCCGGUAUACGAGGAACAAGACAGACCCAGAUCUCCGACUGGACCUGGCAAUUCCUUCCUUGCCAACAUGGGUGGCACGGUAGCACAUAAAAUCAUGCAGAAGUACGGCUUCCGGGAAGGCCAGGGUCUCGGCAAGCACGAGCAAGGGCUGAGCACCGCACUGUCGGUGGAGAAGACCAGCAAGCGAGGAGGCAAGAUCAUUGUGGGCGACGCCACAGAGAAAGACGCAUCCAAGAAGUCGGAUUCCAAUCCAUUAACUGAAAUACUUAAGUGUCCUACCAAAGUGGUCCUCCUACGGAACAUGGUUGGUGCGGGAGAGGUAGAUGAAGACUUGGAAGCUGAAACCAAGGAAGAGUGUGAAAAAUAUGGCAAAGUUGGGAAAUGUGUGAUAUUUGAAAUUCCUGGUGCCCCUGAUGAUGAAGCAGUACGAAUAUUUUUAGAAUUUGAGAGGGUUGAAUCAGCAAUUAAAGCUGUUGUUGAUCUGAAUGGGAGGUAUUUUGGUGGACGGGUGGUAAAAGCAUGUUUCUACAAUUUGGAUAAGUUCAGGGUCUUGGAUUUGGCGGAACAAGUUUGAUUUUAAGAACUACAGCACGAGUUAUCUUCGAUGGCCCUUACAUGAGCUGCCGGCUGAGCGGAGAAGAAACGGGCGACAGACAGCCAGCCUGUGUGGCUGCUGGGUACAGAGACUCUUGGAAGGACUUCUGAGAUAUAUGUUGAUUGAUCCCUUUUUUAUUUUGUGGUUUUUUAAAUAUAGUAUAAAAAUCCUUUAAAAAAAAAACACAAUCUGUGUGCCUCUCUGGUUGUUUCUCUUUUUACCACUUCUAAGGUGAUUACAUUUUUUUGCUAGGAUUUCAUGAUAAUUCUCAAGUGCUUCAGUGAGACAGCAUUUCUUGCACUAAAAAUAUCUAGAACGUUUUGGGAUAUGGGGUUGUAUUGUUACCCUUUUCUUUCUUUUUUGAUUCAUUUUAAUAAAACCUGCAAGUUCCUAAA